ACAGCUGAUAAAAACACCACAAUAAUCCACAAAUAAUCCACAAGUGAUGUAAUGCUACAUUUCUCCAAAUCUGUGCUAAUGAAGAAGCAAACUCGCCUGCAUCUUUGAUAACCUGAUAAGAUAUUUGUGAUAUGAAAAUGUUUAUUUGUCAGAUUUGUAUCCUUUGUGACUGUCCUCUUCAUGGACAUUUCUAAAUAGCAUGUGUUGCUAUGGAAUUUAGAAUGUUUCUGCAUGUAUGACAUCAUAAGGGUUCUUUGACUCUGAAGUGACAUUUCUAGAGAAUGCAGAAGAUUCACUUUUUAUAUUUUGAAGGCCACAACACACUGUCUCUACUAAAUGGCUUUUGCAUUUCUUUUGGGCUGGCUUUUGAUUCUGGGUUCGUGUCCCAGUGUGUGGUCCUGUCUGCAGUGUGACCAGGUGAUUCGUAAUGUGCAUGAAGACUUCCUGUCCUCUGUCAAAGACAUCACUGUCCGUGAUCAGAUCGAACUGCAGCAAAUCAUUGAGCACGCUUAUGUCAACUAUCGGGACACCAGCAGACUGUUUCAUGGAAUCAUAGAUCCUACAACACUCUAUCGUGCUCGGACAGAAUAUCAGAGUGAAUUUAAGAGGCACUGGAAAGAAGACAGGACAGAUUCUAUUCAGUGGGAUAUGAUUAAUAUUGUGGAGAAAGGAAAGAGAAUCCUUCGGAAGCAUUUGGAGGUUUUUGUUGCCCAAGGUCUGUGUCCAAAUAAAUGUGGGCUAUUGUAUCAAAGAGUGAUGAACUGCACUUCCUGUCAGUAUGGGCUCUAUACGUGUUUGUCAGCCACGCCGCCUCUAGACUGUGGAGAGCAUCAUCUCGAGGCAGAUGAAGGAGAGGAGGUGGUGCUGGACUGUUUCCUGCCCUGGCACGCUCUUAUAGUUGGACAGACCGAGUACCAUUACUCCUGGCAUCCUGGAGAGAAGAAUCUGUCACAAGACGGGGAGUAUGAAGUGCUGGUGGUGACAGAGGAGUCUAAAAUAGUUCUCAAUCAGCUGAAAGUCAAUGAGGAAGGCACGUACCGCUGCCUCCUACAGGAUCAAAAGGACACUGCACUGUCCCGCAUGUAUUUCAAACUGAAAGUCAACCCACUGCCAUCUACAACCCCUAGACUGAUGGUGACAUUUCCGUCCCUGCCCUCGGGUUAUGAUGCCACACUUCACAUCCUCCAGAGGAGCAGUUUUAUCAUUAUACUGAGUUUACUGACUGUACUCAGCAUCACAGGCAGCCUUGUCAUCAUAGUGAACCUCAGACUGACCAUGAAGCGGCAGGACGACACGAGAGACAGCAGGAGAAGAGGAGAGGAGGAGGAUGGGGAGGACAUCGAGCUGAUGAGUGUGACAGAAUGAGGGAUGUGAUCCAAAGAGACACAUGAAUAAAAGACCACAGACACACAGAAGACUGAUGAGUUUCAAAUGUGUCCAUUUAAAAGAUCAAUAUAUGUAUAUAUGUU